CAGUACUUUUCCUUUUGUAAGGAGGGAUAAAUGGGAGGGUUUGAGGGAGACGGAUAAAUGUGUGAACGUCCACGUCGGAGCCACAUUCAACAGGUUCCAGGAUGGAGUUCAGAGGAUUUUCUGUUCUGCUGGGCGUCUUGCUGCUCAUCCACUGCUCACUGCAGCAGACUGCAACCAGGAAGAAGCCGGUGAAUAAAGAUACAUUGCGGGAUUCUGCUGUGGUGGAGCUGCAGAAACAGAUUGAGGAAAUCGUUCAGGAUCUCAACCUGCUGAAGGAAAAACAAGCUCUGCAAACAGUUUGUUUAAAAGGUGAAAAGAUCCAUGGGAAAUGUUUCUUGGCCGACCCUCUGAAGAAGCGCUACCACACUGCCAGUGAAGACUGCAACUCUCUGGGCGGCGUCCUGGCUACUCCCGCCUCCAGCGAGGAGAACCACCGGCUCCGGGACUACAUCCGUCAGAGCGUCGGCCCGGACAGGGAGGUCUGGCUCGGCGUCAACGACAUGACCACCGAGGGCCAGUGGAUGGACCAAACUGGCUCCAGCAUCACGUACAAAAACUGGGACACGUCCAACUUCAGGUCUCCACAGCCGGAUGGCGGCAAGACGCAGAACUGCGCCGCCAUGACGUUGACCGAUGGGAAGUGGCGCGAUGAGAACUGCCGCGAAGAAAAGCCCUCAGUCUGCGAGUUCAACAUAGUUUGAACCAGAGGUGGAAAGUAAGAAAGUAAAAGUACUCAGUUACUGUACUUACGUAGAUUUUCAGAUACUUGAGUACUUAUCUUACUGUUACGCCCUACAUUUUAAGAGAAAUAUCUGUACUUUCUGCUCUUUAUAUUUUCACAUAUGAUGAAAAAAUAAUGACGAAAGAAAUCCACCGUUCGCACAAAAAGUGUUAUAGCGUCGGUAUUUCACUAAUCAGUUGGACGCAACCAAAGUGAAGAAGAAGAACACGAGAAAAACAACAUGGAUGGAGGCUUUAAUACAGGAGUGUCCAAAUUGUGGCCCUUGCUGUGAUUUUGUGCGGCCCUUGGCAGCUCAAAGUUGCAGUGAAAUAUUCACUGCUUUUCAAAAAUACAUAGGAAGCCUUCUAAAUAUGCAAGGUACAAAACAAAUACUCAUUUAAUUAUGUUUCACAGCAAACAUUACCACAAACAAUCAGCAACUUUUACUCAACAGCAGACUUUAAAAGGUUUGGACACCAUUGCUUUAACCUGAGUGACAUCAUGAACAAUAGAAAAAUACAUUUGGAGACACAAAACAUUCUCUGUCAGUAGCCUCAUUUUAAAAAAUCCUUCCAUGUUGUUGACUCAAAGAACGAUUAGUGACAAAUUCUCUGCUUUGUCCAAUUAAAUCACCCUAAUUGAGAUUUUGCUUUAAGGAAAACUAGACCGUAUCAGUAUUUUUAUCUUUAUACCAACACAGAGCAUCUUGUGAGCUCUUAAAAGUAACGUAUUUUGUAUGACUAAAAGUUCUACUUUUUUACUUUUACUUGAGUAAAACAGUCCAGCCUUUACUUUUACUAGUUUUCUUUCAUACAAGUAUCUGUACUUCUACUUGAGUAGAGACUCAGUACUUUUACCACCUCUGGUUUGAUCCCGUUUAUCUCAAGAUGGACUCUGCACUUUGUUUCAGCUGCUUUGUGUUUGCACUCUCCCUGCUGCCUGCUACUCUAAAGACGACUUCAAACCAGUGAUUUUCAGCUGCAUCCUGACCAAAAUGAGAUGUGGAGGUCACAGUGGGUUUUAUUUUUGACAAAAGUGAUGUGCUGGUAUGUCAUUUGCUGCAUUCCUUGUGGUUGCAGUAAAACCAGGAGGAAUACAGUCCAUUUUAUUAAAAACAAAGCAAUUAAAUGGAUUUAAGAUGGUUUAUUUAAUACUCACUGAAUAAAGUAUGAAUAAAGGUGCUGGCACCUUUGCUGGAAAUAAAAUAUUGGUUAAGCAUCACAUUUUUUCCUCAUUUACACACCAAAUCAAGUUUGUCUCAGUCUGAGAACCGCUGGUCUAAACUUUAUGGCAUUUAAAUUAAAAGAUGCAAAAAUUGAGUAGAACCUUUUAUGUACUAAUUCUGUAUUCUUCUGUAAUAUCUUGUGUGAUUUAUCCUUUCAAUAAACUUUGACUAUCAGUUUUUCCACUUGUUGAUGUAAGAUCACUAAGGUGGAAAUAAACUGGCAGAUGAAAACCUGACGUGUUAAGCAGGUUCAGACAUAAAAA